AUGGCAGCAUGCCACGUAAGAUCUGCAAACGCCAGCUCAGCUGCCACGUUAGCAGAGCCACUUGCCUCCUUCCCGCUGCACAGCUCUACAUGGUGCUCCCAGGCAGUACGGGGGAUUGCACACGUGGCGCCGCUGCUGCACACGCUGUCCCUUGCCACCUCAGCAGUGUCCGAUGCUGACGUGGCGGUGUGUGUCUCCUCCCUGACUAGGAUGCAAGUACUUGUGCUGGAUAAUUGCAGAAAGCUACGCACUGACGCCUCGUCUCGCCGCCUCCCCCUCCCUCACCACCAUUUCCCUCCACCGCUGCUUCAGCUUCACACCCCACACCUCCCCUCUCUCCCUUUCUCCCCUUCCCCCCCUUCUACCAGCACAGACGCAUUGGCGUCUGACCUCGCCUCCUCCCCCUCCCUCACCACGAUUUCUCUCCACCGCUGCUUCGGCCUCACCCCCCACACCAUCUCGGUCCUUCUAGAAGCUUCCAGAAAACCAGGCUCCGUGCUGACUGCACUGGUCUUCAGCCACGUGGACAGGCUCUCUGUCCGCCAUGUGGCACCUCCAGAAACUCCUCAGAAGGAGCCAUCUCCACGGGAGGAGGAUGAUGGGGUCAUGGCGUUUCUUGGACUCGCUCAGAAGAAACAGGAGGAGGCCCCUCACCCCUCUCACCUCUGCACCGCCCCCGCCCCCCCCACCACCCUCACCCCUCGUCCACCUCCCCAGCCUCCUUCCGCAGCUCUCUCACAACCACUCCACUGCCCCUCCUCCCUGCGCUCGCUCUCCCUUCACCCCCUCUUCUUCUCCUCUUCAUCUUCCCCUCCUUCUUCCUCCCCCCACCACCCCCACCCCCACCCCUCCACCACCACAGCCUCCUUCCCAGCAGCUCUCUCGCAACCACUCCACUGCCCCUCCUCCCUGCGUUCUCUAUCCCUCUCCCCCUCAUUCUUCCCCUCUUCUUCCCCUCUUCUUCCCCUCGUUCGUCCCCCCACACCCCAAUCACACCAGCCUCCAUCCCAGCAGCACUAUCUCAAGUGCUCCAACGCCCCUCCGCCCUCCGCUCCCUCUCGCUGCACUCCUGCCAAGCCCUCUCUGCCAAAGCGUUGCAGCUGCUGGUGA